GAAUUAUAUAUAGACUAGAUACAUUGGAUAUUCAAUGAAUCUAAAAGUGUUAUAAAUAAGAGUAGUUUAUAUAUGUCAAACUAAUAAUAGUUUGUGUAAUAAUACUAUAUACUAUAAUACUAAUAUGUAUGUUUUAGUGAGUGUCGGAGCCCUUGCUUGGCCCGUUCAAUCCGACCCUGCCUCAUCUAAUCCGACCAUACUUUAUUAUCCUUGAAAAAUAUUAUCGACUACUCCCUCCAUAACGAUUUAUAAACAAAAAACACAUUUCUUUUCAGAAACUAUAAGCAAAAAACAUUAAUUUUAUUUCAUUUAAAUAUUUUAUUCUAAAAAUGCAUAUUUUCUAAGGUAAAAUUAAAUGCAAAUUGUAUUAAUUUGCUUUGUCUGUCAUUUUUUCCAUAAACAACCAAUUGAAAUUGUUUUUACAUCUUUCCACAAAUCAUAUUCCAAAAAAGACACAAAUUUAAAUUUUAUUAAUCGUUUGAGUCAAAGAUAAAAAGUUUUAUUUAUUGUAGAUCUGACCUAAUCGAGUCGGGCUUUAUCAGACCCGACUAAGAUGGGUCUGGCCCAGCUAAUUAACAGCCCUAGUAUUUAGCAUUCCAAAGAUUAAGACAACAUAUGGUUUGAUGUUCUUCGUGUAAAAAAUUUGUGUUGGGAAGUAAGAGAAAUACCCUGAGAGGAGAGGAGGGUUUUAUUUUCAUAAUCUCACAAGCUUAGUCAUUAUAUUUGCGUUGUUUUUCUCAUCCUUUUGAACGAUACAUCAAAUUCAGCUUGCAUUCUUCAUUUUCAGCAUUGGAAUUUAACAGCAGCACCAGUUGGUACCACCGGCGCCACUAUAAAUUAUCAAUUAUUUUCAGGUUUCAGCUUCGAUCUUGUAAUGUAAUUGUAUCUGUCUCUUUUCACCGUCCUAAAACCCUUCAUUUCAUUGUUGUCACUGCCAUUUUUGUGAUGUAUUAGUUUUCAUUUAGUGGUCUUAAUCAUUAGGUAAAUCUGUUCAUAAAAUACCAAAUGGUCACAACCCUUCAUACCCUUUUUUCAAAUUUGUGUAUACUUAUUAUAUCUUGAUCAGAUUUCACUAUAAAGUCUUGCUCUGUGUUUGUAUAAUUAACAUAUACAAAAGGGCAAGCUAGAAUUUCAUUUUGUUGUUUGUUUUUGCCUCCUUUAUUUUUGAGAUCAAACUCAGAACGUAUCAAGCAUAGAAGUAGAGACUAGAGAAUCAAAGUCAUGGCAAAUGAGUCUUCUCUUGAUCGCGUUGAAGCUGAAACUCUUACUGAUUUUCAUGGAAACAGCAGUUGUCUUGUCGAGGAUCGUGUGGAUAGUACUGAUCAUGACAAAACUAAACAAAAAUCUUUGUUUUGUCAAUUUUUUUCGGUUUACCUAAAGGAGAAUUGUAGUAGAGGUAAUUUGAGGCCUGUGCCGGUGACACUUGGUGAUGGUCAGUUGCUUGAUUUAUACCAUCUAUUUUCCCUUGUGAAGGAAAAUGGUGGGUAUGAUGCGGUAUCAAGAAAAGGGUUGUGGGAUUUUGUCUUAGUUGAACUGGGUUUGAAUCUUCAUGUUUUGGCUUUGGUAAAAUUAGUUUACGAAAAAUAUCUUAACGAUUUUGAAGGCUGGCUCAGCAAUACUUUUAAGGGUAAUGCCGCCUCUUGCUUGGAAAUAUCUGCAGAGGAUUUUAAUUCUCGCAAACGUGAACUAGAAUCAUCAUUUGGAAUGGUAACCUGGACGAGGCAUAUUGCAAAACAUCCGCUUGAUCCUGCAGCUAAACUGUUACCAGAACCUUCAAAAUGGGAAGAAAGAGACAUUCUCUCGAUGAGAAAACAUGUAGAACUAAACCGUGGAUCAUCUUCCCAGAAGGUGAAGAUGCAUUCUGCCAUGUAUGAAGAUCCUGUUGCUCUUAGUCAUCAAGGUACAAAGAAAUUGAGAAGUAGUAAAAGGCUUCGAAGCCCUGGUAAUAGAAAUAAAUGCCUUCUGGACAAAAAUACUGCUAAACCAGAUGUAGCUGAAAAGAAAAAAUUUAUGUCAUCUUUGGGUGGUUUCCAUGAAACGAGUGUUCCUAUAGGAUCUCAUUUCCAAGUGGAAGUCCCGGAAUGGACUGGUGUAGCUUCUGAGAGUGACCCUAAAUGGUUGGGCACACAAGUAUGGCCUGUUAAAGAUGACUCAAAACCUACUACUGAAACAGAUCUUGUUGGGAGAGGAAGACGAGGAAAGUGUAGCUGCAAUGUUCGAGGUUCUGUUGACUGUGUCAGAUUUCAUAUUGCUGGAAACAGGAUGAAACUGAAGCAUGAAUUGCGUUCUGUAUUUUACCUAUGGGGAUUUGAUCGAAUGGGCGAGGGAGUUUCACUUCAGUGGACAGCGGAAGAAGAAAAGAAAUUUAAGGAUUUAAUGAGGUUAAAUAUCCCCUCCGAUAACAAGGAUUAUUGGAUUGAUUUUUGGAACAAUACAUCCGAAGAAUUUCAAAUGAAGACAAGAAAAGACCUGGUGAACUAUUACUUAAAUGUAUAUCUUGUGCAGCAAAGAAGCUAUCAGAAUCGUGUGACUCCAAAGACUGCUGACAGCGAUGACGGCGAAGUCAAAUUUGGAUCUUUUGGUGAUGGAUUUGGGAGAAAAGCUAUCAAGCAUCGAUCUUUGGAGUUCAUGGAGUGCUCAGAGAACACACAGUGCUUUGAUUUUGAGUAGACAAAACAAGGAACCCAUUCCUUCACUAGGAAAGUUGUGGUGAACAUCAACAUUGAAAUGAAGAUAGAGGACAGAAAGAAUCAGCUUGGAGAGGAAUGGCUAAUGUAUUGAAACUUGCAAAAGCUUCUGUUUUUUUCCUUUAGGACAGCAUUAGUGCUGGAAAACUUUUUUUCUCUCUUUCUUUUGGACAGCAUUUGCGCUUUUAUACUAGUCGUUUUGUUGGAGCAAGCCCUUUCAAUUUUAUGUUUUUAUCUUGGCAGGUGUUUGACUUUGCAAUAGAACAAAUUUAUGUUUGUUAUCAA